AUGACGACUGCUCAUCGAUCUGUUGGUGCUUCCGUUGGGAGGAACGGGGACAUUUCAGAGGAAGGUUUUAGGAAGGAUAUGAGGGACCUGGAAGAGUUACUGUCCAAGCUGAACCCGAUGGCGGAGGAAUUCGUGCCAUCGUCCCUUCAUAGCCAAUCUCCCAGAAGUGACGCGAACGGGACCAGUGCAUAUCCUAAUGAUUUUGCUGCACAACUUACUACUGGAAAUGGGAAUAGCAGCGCCAACCGAAAUGGGGGCAGACGGGUGAGCCUGCUGAGAUUUCACAAUUUGCUUUGACCUUUGUCAUGUUCUUAUUUUCCGGAGAAAAUUCUUCAAUCCAUUUCUGAAAUCUGUUUUCUUGUGAGCGUUUAGAGAAAGAAUAAUUAUAACCAGGGAAAACAACGAAUGAAUACAAGGACCAGCAUGGCACAACGGGAGGAAAUUAUCAGGAAAACUGUUUACGUUUCUGACAUUGAUCAACAGGUAAAUAACAACAAGUGCUCUUAUCUUGAAGUUCGUUACAUUACAGAUGUACAUCUUCCCGUGUCUUGUCAAGAUAUUGUUUGUUUAGGGUUAAAAUAUUCUAGGUCUAGUUCGCACAAGGCGUGUCAUUAAAUUGACAAGAACUGUUCUUUGCGUUUUGGUUGUGUUUAAAUUGCUGAUGGUUUCUUCUCUUUUCUCGUCCUUGCUCUUGACUGGCCACUUUGUUGAUUUCCUUGGAGCUGUCUAACUCUUCUAUUAUCUUUUGAUGUUUCUUUGAUAAUCUAGGUCACAGAAGAACAACUUGCGGCACUCUUUAUCAAUUGUGGGCAGGUUAGCUCAUGUGGUUUGUCAUUUAAUAUUCAGUGUACAUUAACAUGUUAGAAGAACAACCAUCUUUUUUCGCACCGAUUCCAAGUGGUCAUGGUGAAGUGUCGGUGUUUUGAUUUUAGUAAGCUUUUAGUGUAUGUGCACAAUAAACACCAAACCUGAAGGUUUUUCAUUUUUAUGCUCAUGCACAUUUGUAUAAGUAUCCUGAAACAAUGGCUUGUAAUUCCUUAGCUAUCAAUAAAUUAUUGUUUUCUCAAUGAUUGUUUGCACCUAAGAUUAUUUUUUUUUGGAGCUGAAGGUUGUUGACUGUCGCAUAUGUGGUGAUCCAAAGUCUGUGCUUCGUUUUGCCUUCAUAGAGUUCACUGAUGAAGGUAGUUGUCUCUCUACCAGAUUAGUAAUUCUUAUCUUCCUCAAAUCUUUUAACCUCCAUUGAUUUGCCCCUGUGCUGGACGUUUUUUGUACACUGUUUGAACUCCAGAGGGUGCAAGGGCUGCUCUUGGUCUUUCGGGUACAAUGCUUGGAUACUAUCCAGUGAGAGUGCUUCCUUCCAAGACUGCAAUUGCACCCGUUAACCCAACAUAUUUGCCAAGGGUUAGACUCCGCUUUGGACAUUAUUCCAUAGUGUUUUUCGCAAAACGUUUAUAGGAACUUUAUCGCAUUGAUCACUUGAGAUCCAUAUUUUCAUCUUGAACAGUUGCACUAAUAACUUUUAUUCUUAUGGUUAGUCUGAAGAUGAGUUGGAGAUGUGCUCAAGGACCAUCUAUUGUACAAAUAUCGAUAAAAACGUAUGGUUUAGAAUUAUCUAUUAUUGUGCUUACUAUCAGUGUUAUCUUUAUUCUGUAAUGAAGCCCUUGUCAACUUUUUCUAUUUAUAUGUGGUGUCAGGUUUCUCAAGUAGAUGUCAAACUCUUCUUUGAGACUAUAUGUGGAGAGGUUUGAUUUCCCAGAUCAGUCUUUUGGUUUCUUCAGAAUUGCCAUAUCUCCUCUAUAAGAGCAAAUUCAUUAGGUAACUCUUACAUGGUGUAGGUAUAUCGGUUGAGACUUCUCGGUGACUAUCAUCAUUCCACCCGUAUUGCUUUUGUUGAGUUCAUAAUGGUAAGUACCCUUAGAUGGCGGUGUAUUUUAAUUGAAAUUUUCUCAAUUGCCUACUUUUAUGGAUGCUUGUCCCGCUGUACAUGAGAUAUCCUGGUAUUCCAUUCGAGGGGAGGGAACAUUAAAUUUCUUUAAUUCUGUAGAUGGGGCAAAGAAAGGGAAGAUCCCUUAGAAAGGGCUAAAGAGGCAGAGAAACUGCAUCAUGGAGAAUAAUGAAUUUGAUCUUAUAAUGGACUCCCGUCAUUACUAACAAAGACAAAACCACACGAGAAGCAGUGUGAUUUUAUCCCUAAAAAAACAAGAACUACAAAGUAAGCGAAUUGGAGGCUUAGUUUAAGGUUCCUCUAUGAAUGAGCAGCUCAACAAAGAGAUCUACUCUAUUGCAAAUAUGCCAGUCCCAAGCCUCCUUAUCAGGUUUAGGCAACCAAAUUCAAGAUUUUCUUAUGAAUUCAUCUUUGUAGUCUCAACCAUAAACAUAACAUGAGGAUAAAUUUUCUUGCCUCUGUGGUUUUUCGUGUGCCCUCUUCAAAUUCCUCUGGCAAUGAUCCAGUUGUAAAACAUGGAUGAUGCCUUGGAUAAAUUGUAUGUGUCCAAAUGAACCUAGUGUCUUUUGCUUCUACUGAAUUCCAAUAUACACCUGCUGAGCAAGGUCUCAUUACUCUUCAUUUUGUUUUUGCUUUUUUUUUAAUCAUCGCCGCUAGGUAGUUUUAUUAGAAAUGAUGGUUAUUAUUAUUUGCGGUGAUUUCCCAACAAACAUUGUUUGCUGCUUCUUUUAGCUUCUUAGCUAUCAUUUCUUUCCCAACAAACAUUGUAAGCAUACUGCAAUGUAUGCCUACGACUUAUUUAUUAGUUGCUUUUCUUCCCCUAAAAUAUUUGCUCCAGUCCCUCAUAUUUUCGUGAUGUUCCUUUCUUGUUUUGAAUGGUCUAGCGCUUCAUUCUCGGGGUUCAGUGGGUUUGUGUUUGUUCGUAGCACUCUAGCGUUAAUGGCAUGCAUUGGAGAAGCAAUUGUUAAUCUGGUAACAAUGAUGUGUGGCCAUGAAAUAUAUUGGAUUUACUUCAUCUUAGAUUUAGUAAGCAUCUGAUUUUAUUCAGAUCUACCAAAAAAUUUACACUGGUCUACUUAAGAUAUUGUCAUUGUAGUCUGUAAUGACCACGGUUCUUGAAUUUAUUGCAUGCAUAAGAAGGAGACUAUGUCAAAUUUGCCGCAUAAACCUUAUCUAUUAAGAAAACAUUUGGCAGUCCAAUAUUACGUGGGAUGACUUAACUGGUGCUGACAAAAUCUAACUUCUGAUCCCAAAUUGUAUUUGCCCCCACUUUUAAGUGGUUGAGGUGAAGGUGACAACUCUUCAAAUGUUGGGAUCCACUUGAAUCAUCUUGCGAUGGCUGGGGAGUGUGUUUCAAUCGACUGGCCUUCUUACUUACUAGUCUUUUUGCCCCGUUUUGGGCUCAGGCAAGAAGUCUGCUGCCCAGAGAAACCCUGAGCCCCUGCAACUUUCGGAAGCCCUGUGUGACCUUCGUUGUCUCAGUACACCAACUGUAAUAAAGAGUUAUGUUACUAGUUAACAUAUUCCAGACAGAUUUCGUUCAUGAAAAUGGCAUCAGACAGAUUUCACUCCUGCAUCAAAAUCCUCUCUGGAAACACCCAGUUUAUUGAACCUUUGUAGGCCAUCCAAAAUUUGUCUGCAUUGUGGAAAUCAGGGCCUGGGCAUGGCUUUGGGUCCCCACAUAUUUUCAAAGUACUACCAUGCUUCUCUGCCCUUGCGGAAAAUAAAUCAACCCCAACUUUACUCAGACCUUGAAGAGCAAAAUGCCGAGCUCCUGGCAUUGACCAGGGACACUGAUUGUUUCCACAUGCAUAUAAGCAUCAUUCUUCUGACUCCAUGGUAUUAAUCAUCUAUUUCUUGAUAGGACGUAUGUGUUUGGCUAAGAAAACCACUUUCAGCCUCACUGCCAUCAUACUGUCUGCUCAUCCUCUGAGAUUUAUGUUUGCCGGACCUUCAUCAUUCUUGCCAAAUGGUUACUCUUUCAGGCGGAAAGUGCGAUUGCUGCUCUCAACUGCAGUGGCGUGGUGCUUGGCUCCCUGCCCAUAAGGUCUGCUCCUCCUCCAACAUUUCAUGAAUUGCUUUUGGGUCUUAUGAGAGAACCACGGCAUCAACCAACUCCUCGAUUCGCUUCAGGGUGAGCCCAUCAAAGACUCCGGUCCGGCCUCGAGCACCCCGCCCAUCCAUGCACUGA